AUGGCAGACAACUGUCUCAUCGCUCAUGAAAUUGUGAGCAGCAUCAAACAACGCACAAAAGGGAAGCAGUACGAUGCCGCUCUAAAAAUUGACAUGUUCAAGGCGUAUGAUAAGGUUGAUUGGAACUUCCUCCAUUGGUUGCUCAUUCAGAUGAAGAUUACAGCUAGGUUACUAACAAAAGGAUCGGAGGAACACAUUUUUCAGGGUAUCAAGCUGUCUAGAACUGGACCUUCUGUGUCUCAUCUGUUCUUUGCGGAUGACUCACUUAUCUUCUUCAAGGCUACGCCUGCAUCAUGCGAGGGUCUAAAGAACAUUUUGUCGAAGUUCAGUAGGCUGUCAGGAGAAGUAAUUAUCAUGUUCAGCCCAAAUACUCCGCCAGAGAGUCGUCACCAGAUGAGGAAUAUCGUUAACACUCCUUCUGCUGAGUCUUUGGGAAAGUAUUUAGGAUGUAAUGUUGAAGUCAAUGGCAGAGCGUCUCGACAAUUCCUUCCUCUUGUUGAGAAAGUGGAGAAUCGACUUUCCAGCUGGCAUCACCGCUCUCUCUCCAUGUCAGGAAGACUCAUCCUAAUAAAUAGUGUGCUUGCUAUGCUCAGCCUAUAUAUUCUUAGUGUUUUCCUCAUCCCGAAGACGACAGCAGACAAGUUAAAUUCAAUUUUUGCACGAUUUUUAUGGGCGGGAUCCCGGGAAACAAAACCAAUUUAUUGGAAGAGCAUGGCUAUUCUGGAACUUCCCAAGGGAGGAGGAGGUCUGGGCAUCAGGAAUGUUCACCUCUUCAAUAAAGCUCUUCUAGCUAAGCAGGCAGUCCGGAUACAUUCCUCAUCAAGCUCUCUCAUUUCUCAAGUUUACUGCUUCGUCAAAUUAAUCAGGGAUGGUGCUGGUACAAGCAUUCUUGAGGAUAGAUGGUUAAAGGGUGAAGCUAUCAAGCUCAAACCGGGCAUCAAUUUAGAAGCCAUGGGACUCCGGCAAGUAAAGGACUUAAUGAAACAAAAUCAUAGAGCAUGGAAUACCCCACUCAUAUGGAGAGUAUUCUCGCCAGACACUGCUAUCAGAGUUCUUUCAACAUACCUUCCGCAGGAAACCUUCCAUGACCAAUUUUCCUGGAGUGAGUCCAAGUCUGGCAUUUUUCGGGUCAAAGACGUCUACACUCACUUUCUGCGUCAAAAAGGAAAUUUAGAUCUUGCACAAACUCAAAGAUCGUUUUGGAGUAAACUUUGGGCUUUAGAUCUCAGACCCAAAUGGAAAAUGUUCGUGUGGAGACUUAUACAUAAGGCCUUGGCCACUAAUUCCAACUUGAUAAAGCGUAACAUCCUUGUGCAGCCUGAUUGCUAUCUUUGUCAUCAGCAGAAGGAGGAUGAGAACCAUCUUUUUAGAGAUUGCAGUAUAUCAGCCCAUGUCUGGUCGAGCUCAACCUUAGGCCUCAAAUCGGGUUCGAGCCAAGUUAUUCCCUUGGGUGAAUGGGUAAGAAACUUCUUACAGUUGUUUUGGAAGGAGGAUGGAACCAAGUCAGAAAGAGCUAUAGACUUCGUUGCCAUUCUAUGGUCGAUCUGGUUACACAGGAAUAAUAUCGUGUUCAGACAAAUAUAUGACGACCCCUCUAGCAUCCUACGGAGCAAAGACAUCCUUCUCAGAGAUUGGACCGAGAGCAAGAUUGUAAGAGGAAGUUCGAGUAAGAAGACCCUUUUCACAUAUGAAGUUCAGCAAGAGAUUCCUUGCUACCCAUCUACUAACUCCAGGGAUGAUAUAUGCGUCAUGGUGGUGGAUGGGGCCUGGAAAAGACAUAAGGAUAAGUUUCCACGAGCAGGUAUUGGUUGGUCAGCUAAGGUAAAUGGGACACGAGUCUUUGAAGGAAACGCAAGAAUAGUUGCCUCAUCGUCGCUUCAAACUGAAGCUCAAGCUGUUUUCAGAGGUAUCUAUGAAGCAAAGUUGAAAGGAUUCCAGCAUUUACACAUUCACUCGGAUUCAGUGGAUGUCGUUCGCACUAUUGGUAGCACACAUCAACCUUUUGAGAUCGCCACCGUUAUUCAUGACAUUAGAGCCUUACAAAGGGAGUUUAGUUCUUGUAUUAUAAAGAAAGUUGCCAGAAUGGAUGUCCUCCCAGCACAUAGGUUAGCCGUUGCAGCAAGGCAAGGUAACUUAGUGUCCUAA